CGCCCCGGCAGGCAGGGCAGCAGGCAGGGCAGCGGGCAGCAGUAGCAGGACGCGCCCCGCCGCCGCCGACAUGGUGUCCCCCGUCACUGUGGUGAAGAGUGAAGGCCCCAAACUGGUGCCCUUCUUUAAAGCCACUUGUGUCUAUUUUGUCCUCUGGCUGCCAACUUCCAGCCCCUCCUGGUUCAGUGCCCUCAUCAAAUGUCUGCCCAUCUUCUGCCUGUGGGUUUUCCUUCUGGCUCAUGGAAUUAACUUCUUAGUGUCACACCGGAGUGCCAGCCGCAUCCUAGCAGGACUCAUAUUCUCGGCAGUGGGAGACGCCUUUCUCAUCUGGCAGGAGCAGGGCUACUUCAUUCAUGGUCUGCUGAUGUUUGCCAUCACACACAUCCUGUACUCUUCAGCCUUCGGCAUGAAGCCUUUGGACCUCAAAGCCGGCUUGUUGAUGGGCCUUGUUUCCAGUUCCUGUUAUGCCUUCCUGUACUCCUACCUCUCAGGCCCAUUCACCUACCUGGUAGCUGUCUACAUUGCCUUGAUUGGCUUCAUGGGCUGGCGAGCGGUCGCCGGCAUGCAACUGUGCAACGACCUCUGGACAUGGACCAAGCUCUCGGCCUGCGUCGGCGCGAUGCUGUUCAUGGUGUCGGAUCUGACCAUUGCACUUAACAAGUUCUGCUUUCCUGUGCCCUACUCGCGCUUCAUCAUCAUGGCUACUUACUAUGCAGCCCAAAUGCUUAUUGCACUGUCAGCUGUAGAGAGCAGAGAUGAAGAGGACUUCAGAAAGAGGAGCUAGGUGGAGUGCCAAUAGUCUGUGAACAAUGUGGGUUAUAUCUCAGGUGCUGUAGCUGCAUUCACCCCUGAGAGAGAUCUCCAUUUCUCUAAGCACAUUGGUGAUGUUGAUUUUGCUUCUUUGAAGCAUUACCUUUGGGGCUUUUUUUUUCAAUGGCUUUCUCUGAAUACAGCUUACUUCAGUGUGGAGUCCACAUCAGAAAGCUUAGACUGUCCCUGCAGUAGCUACUCAUUCAAAUUUUCCUCCUUGGAAGUGCUGUACUACUGCAUUUUACUUGUUAGUCUCGAAACUGAUGCUGAAUGUCUGGGAAGAGGAGGGCUGAUGGAAAGGAGGUUUGGCCAAGCACUGUGCUAGAAGACUUGCUUUCAAUAGUAGGCAGACAGGCACAGAUCUCUGCUAAAGUCAUAGGUAAAAAUGAAUUUAACCGACAUUUGUCUCUUUUUAUGCAUUACAAACUCAGUAUGCAAACUGGAGCUAUUGCCUCUGCUGAAAGGAAGCCUGGAGGUAGAGUAAAAACAGCAUAUCCAGAUGAGGGCUGAGCUUUGCAGUAAAUGGCAGCAUGUGGGGCAGCCCCCAGCAGAACCAGAACGAAAGCAAAACACCAAGCAGAGAGCACAGAGCAAGAGGUGCGCUGACAUGCAGCGCUGCGUGCUUUGAUCAUGGCUGAUCAUUGCUCCAGGGCAGGUCUGUAGGUGCAAGUCAGCAGGUGCAAGUCAGCAUUGCCGUGUGUGGCAGAACUAGGAGUUUGGUGGGAUUUCAGGGACAUCUAGGUAGCCAGGCCGGUGCAUUCUCCCCUGCCGUGCGUGCACAGUUACACAGUGUCUCCAGUGACAGUUGAGAUGUAAUGGGCACAUGAAGAACUUUGAUUUUUACAGCAGGACUUUGAGCAUGUGUCUUAGUAAUGUAUGCCCUAAUUGUCCUUAGUAUGGCAGACAGAAGCCUAACCUUUAUGCCUUUCUUUCCCAGUAUCCUAACAAAGAAUAUUCCAUAUACUCAUUAAGCUUUACAGUACUGCUGCUUGCAGUAUCUCUCUCAGAUCUUCAUGUGAGCAUUUCCUGUGGUCAAAGCCCUGAUUUUAGAUGUAGAUUGUUGUUGUGUUUUGCCAGCUGGUGGUAAACAAUCAACUUUGCACCACUUGUUUUUGGAAAGCCCCUUUUCAGCAGAGCUUCCUGAAAAACACUGUCCUGUGUGUUCAAAGUGCCUGCCACUUCCUUCUCGAACUCACAUAGAUGCAGUCAGGGUGUGGUAUCAGGGCUGGGAAAGUCUGUUUAAUUCUGAUCCAAAUUCUUUGGUUGGUUUGUCUGCCCAUCUGCUGAAGCAAGAUUACUUCUCAGACUCUUUUAAAAAGAUAUAGGAAGAGGUUGUCCUGAUUUUUAAUCCAAGUUCAUUUCUGAUCAUACGUGUAUUUUUUCCUCUUAUUUGGGAUAACUAACAGCAAGCUCUGUUUCUGUUUGAAACUAUCUUGAAUGUGCUUUCUCCUUCUGUCUGUCCUAGGGUCGCUCCCAUGGGCUGAGAUGCUCCCCCAAUGGCUUGUUUUAAGACACGAGUGUACUCAGGUGUGCAAAGGAAGCUAACUGAGGGUUCCCGCACCUCUUCAAGCCUGCAGCCAAACAGGGACAACCAGAGCAGACUACACAACUUGAAUCCAUGCACGCCCCAACAACCCCUUGCACCCGCUAACAUGGGCAGAGGGAGCCGGAGGGGCAGCCCUCGUGGGCUGAAAGUCACCACAGUCUCCAUACCUAGCAUGCCCAGACCAUUCCAGGCGAAAGCCUGGCACCGAGUCCCUGGCACAGUCGGCAGAGCAGGAAUUCCUCUUUGCGAGGAGUGCAGCAGGGUCAGGGGGCAGCUGAGGAAACCCUACCAACCCUGCUAGCUUUUCCCUUGGUGCUGAGAGGUGCUAAGUGGGUCUCCUGCUCCUCCCCAGCCUUGCGUGGUGGGACUGGCUGGGGAAUAGGCAUUGCCUCCCCAUGACUUCUGCGUUAGUGCAAAUGCAGCCAGUAUUACAAAAAUCUAGGUUAACCAUCCUGACCCCAUGGAGUCAUCUGCUGCUUUUCAGACAGAGAUCAGAAAGGUCAGCUGCAUUAUUGAGAGGGAAAGCAUUGUAAAUAGCACAGCCCCAUGUAAUCUUUUCCCUUUAAUGCUGUUGUGUGAUAUUGUCCGUAUUCAUUCACUGGCGCACGGGGGCCUGCCUGGAGUAAAUUGCUAAGGGGAUUUAGAGCCAUAAAACAUCUUCAUUCAUCAGCAUUGCUUAUCUCCUGGCCGCAGCUUGAACCCUGCAGUGUAGCUCUCUGCAGAUGUCACCGGCUGUUACUCAGCUUGACUGCAAAUCUCUUCCUGCAACAGAUUGACCCAGCUAAGAGGAAAUCUAAGCAUUUGGGAUGACCCCCCCCCCCC